ACUAAGAAACACUCGAAUAUAACCACAGGCCAAUGAUCACUUUGUUUACAAGAGCAUCUGUAGUCUAAAUUUGCCUCUAKACCGACUUUCUCAUGAAUAUUAAAAACGGGUGUGUUGAUAAAGGUCAACUAUCACCACACAAAAGCGCUUUGUGCAAACGGAUUUGGUGAGUCUGUCUAGUGAAGAUCGAUCGUCGUCAACAUAUUUUGCAGAAUGYAUCCUCUUCCUGUCCUUGUAUUUGCCUUGUUCGUGUGUACAGUACCUCUAGGAAAAGCACUUAAAUGCUAUUCUUCUCAAUGUAGAAAACAAGUUGGGCCGGGUGUGCAGUCUGCAAGSUGUUCAAAGUUGGAGGAAAUCACUUGUAAGCCUAUGUUGGGGCAGCCAAUGGAUCCCGACCGUUGUAGCUAUUAUAAAACUGUACAAACAACGAAGCAGCUUAACAUGACAAUAACAAUAACACAAGAGGUCAAGAACUGUUCUUAUUCGUCCAUGUGCAGUCAACAAUGUUCUGUUGUACCUGUCGGGGUAAAAUGUGAUGUGAAGUGCUGCAAAGACGACCUUUGUAAUGACGGUAGUAAUAAAACUGGACCAACCCAAGCACCGAAGCCUAAACCAACUGGACCAGUGGGCAAAGACCUUUCCUGUUAUGCAUGUGGCAGUGAACAGGGUAGCCCAGAAGAUUCAAAAUGUGUCAAACCCACUAAGAGGACCUGUGGAACAGACCAAAUGGGAACACCUGAAAGCAUGUGCAGGACCGUGAUAACCAAGGUCAAGUCACCAGAUGGCAAGAUUCACGACAGUGAAAUGCGUAACUGCAGCAGCGCAUAUUYUUGCAACGAAAAGUUUAUUUGCUCUUCAAUGAAUAUGACGGGAACAAUCAAGGAAUGCAAAGUGUCUUGYUGUGAGGGAAAUCUUUGCAACAAAGAUGCUGACGAGGUUCCCAGCGCUUCCAUCUCAACAAUGGCUUCAAACAUCCUUGUAUUUCUUCUUUCUCUCGGACUGAUUGCUCGCUUUUAGAUAUGGUACAAAACACUCCCCUUAUWCAGCUACUUUUUGUCUUGUUCCAUUCCUCCUCGACCAUUUUGUGCUUCCAAGACUGGUAACGAUUAAGGGAUAGAUUAUGUCCAAAGGACUUUAAAGUCAGAGUACGAUGCUCUUUAACUUUGACUUUGCAUGACCUUAAAAUAUAUUAAUCUGGCUACCUCCGUCGUCGUUAACCUCUGGUCCGAGGCUCAUAUCUUUGUCAAGAGUAAGGAGAUUUUAUAUUUAGGCGCCAUCGUGUGCCUUUGUACUUAAACAAUACUCCCAGCGAACUAUAUAGGACUGCUUAAAAGAACAUAUAUUCAUCAAUAGGACUAGUUAAGCGCCGUAAAAUCGGUACAGCCACAAAAUUCAAAAUAGCAAAGUAUUAGCCAAUGUACUUUUUUCACAUUUUAUGCAUAUCUAGUUAGGUUGUGGUAGGUAGUGCUUGAUGAUGAUUUUGAGCAACCGACUAAGAAGCUGGUAACAGCCAGUAACGUAGGACGUGUUCUUGACCUUUUCUUAAGUGUUGUAACCCUGGUAAUCAAGAUAUAUUCCCUCGAUAGCUCGUUUACCAGUAUUAAAUGAACGUUUGUUCCUGUACCAACCGCAGUGAGCGUGCUGAAUAGCGUCUCAAACUACAUUAAAACUUGUCUUGUUCUAUUAUUA